AUGACUCUUCGUCCUUCGUUUGUCACUGCCGUGCUGUGCCUGUUGCCAUCUGUGUGCGCAUGGGGAAUCGCCGGACACCAGAUCGUUGCGACAAUUGCGCAGACCCAGCUCCAUCCCCUUGUGCGAGAACAGCUCUGCACCAUUCUGCCCAACUACACUCGCUAUCCCUCGCACUGGCCAACUUCCGAAGAUAGCAAGCCUCGCACGCACUGUCACUUGGCCGUACUUGCGGGCUGGCCCGACACGAUUCGCUCACGAUACCCUUGGAGUGGUCAGCUGCAUUAUGUCAAUCCAGUCGAUGACCACCCUCCCAGCCAAUGCCUUUACGGGGAAACUGGAUGGACUUCGCCAAACAAUGUACUCACCUCUAUGGUCAACUACACAUCGCGUGUCGUGACCGAAACCGGUUGGCAACGUGAUAUGGCACUGCGCUUCAUGGUUCACCUUUUUGGCGAUGCACAUCAGCCACUGCAUCUCACAGGGCGCGCUCGCGGCGGCAACGAUGUGUGGGUUCAUUUUGAGGGCAGAAAGGCGCGUCUGCAUACGGUGUGGGACACGCUACUUAUCGAUAAGCAGAUUCGCGAACUGUCCAACUAUACGACUCGUUUACCCUCGGGUCGCAUCGAGAGUGCUCUAGUCGGAGCACGGUACGACCCUUUAAUUCGAUUUAUCCUCAAAGAAGGUUUAGGGCAGCCUGCUUCUCGUGGUCAGGAAGGGGAUGCCUGGUGGAAGCAAGAGUCGUCUGGUUGGCCUGCCUGUCAAGGCCAGCGCUCAGAGAUCGGUGCGCUGACGCAAGAGUACGAAGGGCAGCUCGCGUUGUCCUCCAUAUCGGAGGAUCCGCAUCGAGUCGAUAAUACGGUUUUGCCUAUCUGUCCUUAUGAAUGGACUCGUCCUAUGCACUCACUGGUGUGUACUUAUGCCUUUGCCGCACCUGUGCCGGCUUGGGAGCCAGCACCUCCGCCUGGCCAAGGAGAACCGGAGCCUUCGCCAACGCCGGUGCCCGAACCCGAGCUGGACGUUCCAGAGUACGUUGGCCGCAUCGAACGAGACAAGGUCAUUCAUAAGCAACUCGCAAAGGCGGGUUUGCGCCUCGCUGCGGUGCUCAACACGCUUCUUCUGCCUGCUGAGGUUGAUUCCCUACGGUCAGCGUAA